AACCCGCUUGGCAGCUGUAUUCCUUGGCUGUGAUUGGGCGGAGGGCGGUGAUUCCUUCUGUCACGAUUUGGGUCGCUCCCACCGGAGGACACCGACCGUCUGAGCGCAGCCUUCACCGAGGUGCACACCAGAGGAGACGGUGCACACCGGGAGUGGAGACGCAUGAGGGUUUCGUCUCAGGAGCUGGACUGACAACUCGGGGUUUGUCCUCCUGUCGGUGUCGGUGAGGAGAGGAGAGGAGAGGAGAGGAGACAGAGGGGGGGAUCUUCAGUGCUGGAGCGACCAGCUGCCUUUUCUUCUGUCGGGGCUGCGGUGAAAGUCGUUCACGAUGCCGGUGUUUCACACCAAGACCAUCGAGAGUAUCCUGGAGCCGGUGGCCCAGCAGAUCUCCCACCUGGUCAUCAUGCACGAGGAGGGGGAGGUGGACGGUAAAGCCAUCCCAGAUCUGACGGUACCGGUGGCCGCGGUGCAGGCGGCAGUCAGCAACCUUGUGCGGGUGGGGAAGGAGACUGUUCAAACCACCGAGGACCAGGUGAUGAAGAGAGAUAUGCCUCCUGCGUUCAUUAAGGUGGAGAACUCGAGCUCCAAGCUCGUCCAGGCGUCUCAGAUGCUAAAGGCAGAUCCAUACUCUGUUCCUGCACGAGACUACCUGAUCGAUGGAUCCAGAGGGAUACUGUCUGGAACGUCCGACCUGCUCCUUACUUUUGAUGAGGCAGAGGUGCGUAAGAUAAUUCGUGUGUGCAAAGGUAUCCUAGAGUAUCUGACAGUGGCUGAGGUGGUGGAGACCAUGGAGGACCUCAUCACUUACACCAAGAACCUGGGACCAGGGAUGACCAAAAUGUCAAAGAUGAUUGAGGAGAGGCAGCAGGAGCUGACGCACCAAGAACACAGACAGAUGCUAAUAAACUCCAUGAACACCAUCAAAGAGCUGCUGCCUGUUCUUAUAUCAGCUAUAAAGAUUUUUGUGGCAACAAAGAGCAGUCGAGGUGCCGGCCUUGAGGAGGCAGAGAGGAACAGACGGUUUACCUUUGAAAAGAUGAGCGCUGAAAUCAACGAGAUCAUAAGAGUCUUACAGCUCACCACGUGGGAUGAAGACGCCUGGGCCAAUAAGAAGGACAUGGAGGCUUUGAAGAGAUGUCUGGCUUUGAUUGAGUCAAAGAUGGCACAAGCUAAAAGCUGGCUCAAAGACCCUCAUGGACAACCAGGAGACCCCGGUGAGGUCGCCCUGCGCGUGAUACUGGAUGAAGCCGGUAAGGUGGGAGAGCUGUGUGCUGGGAAGGAGAGGAAAGAUAUACUGGCAACCGCCAAGGCUCUGGGACAAAUGACCGACCAGAUUGCAGAUCUACGAGCCAGAGGCCAGGGCCCGACCCCAGGGUGUGUGCAGCGUGCAGGCCAGUGCUCACAGGGCUUAGACUUGUUAUUUGGCAAAGUGGACGGUGCUGCCCGCAGACUGGAGGCUCUAAUCAAUGCCAAGCAGGCCAUUGCCAGGAGGCUGGAUGCUGCGCAGGCCUGGCUGGCCGAUCCUAACGGUGGUCCUGAGGGGGAGGAGAACAUCAGAGCGCUACUAGCAGAGGCCAAACGAAUUGCCGAUCUAUGUGAAGACCCCAAAGAGAGGGACGACAUCCUGCGCUCCAUCAGUGAGAUUGCAGGCCUCACUGCCAGACUCGUGGAGCUACGCAAACAGGGUAAAGGUGACAGCCCGGAGGCUCGUGCAUUGGCAAAGCAGAUCGGGGCGGCGCUGCUGACCCUGCAGUCCAAAACAAACCGGGCUGUGGCCAACAUGAGACCGGCCAAACCUGCCGUCACUUUGGAGGGCAAGAUGGAGCAGGCCCUCCGCUGGGUGAACAACCCGGGGGUGGACGACAGAGGAGUAGAGUGUGAGAUACUGCAGUGGAACACAGGUCAGGCAGCAAUCAGAGGAAUGGUCGGAGAAGGGAAGAGGUUGGCAGGAGGCCUGUUAGGCCCGUAUCGGCAGGAUAUGAUUGGACGCUGUGACCGAACAGAAGCUCUAAUGGCAUCGUUGGCAGACAUGGCCGGCAGGGGCGAGGCUGAGGCUCCUCAUGCACGAGCUACAGCUGCACAGCUACAGGACAGCCUCAAGGACCUGAGGCAGCACAUGCAGGAGGUGAUGACCCAGGAAGUGUCUGAUGUUUUCAGUGACACCACGACCCCGAUCAAACUGCUGGCCGUGGCUGCAACUGCUCCUCCUGAUGCCCCCAACAGAGAGGAGGUUUUUGAAGAGCGUGCAGGGAACUUUGAGACCCACGCAGGUCGGCUGGGGGCGACCGCAGAGAAGGCUGCUGCCGUGGGAACAGCCAAUAAGAGCACAGUGGAGGGGAUACAUGCUGCUGUGAAACAUGCCAGGGAGCUCACGCCACAGGUGACCUGUGCUGCUCGGAUCUUGCUGAAGAAUCCUGGAAAUAAAGCAGCGUACGAGCACUUUGACACCAUGAAGAACCAGUGGAUCGACAAUGUGGAGAGACUCACUGGUCUGGUGGACGAGGCCAUCGAUACCAAAUCUCUGCUGGAUGCUUCUGAGGAGGCCAUAAAGAAAGACAUCGACAAGUGCCGAGUUGCCAUGGCGAAUGUUCAGCCCCAAAUGCUUGUUGCCGGGGCAACAAGCAUAGCAAGAAGAGCUAAUCGGGUCCUGUUGGUGGCUAAGAGGGAAGUGGAGAACUCUGAAGAUCCACGGUUCAGAGACACGGUGAAACAUGCGUCAGACAUCCUCUCCCACACCAUCUCACCCAUGGUGAUGGACGCCAAAGCAGUGGCUGGAAACAUACAAGAUAAAGCUCUGCAAAAGGCCUAUUUGGACUCGUGUCUGAGGAUCCUGGCUUCAGUCGGAAAAGUGAGAGAAGCCUUCCAACCUCAGGAGCCUGACUUCCCUCCUCCACCACCCGACCUGGACCAGCUCCAUGUUAGUGAUGAGCAGGCGCCACCCAAGCCCCCCUUACCAGAGGGCGAGGUGCCCCCACCUCGGCCCCCUCCUCCGGAGGAGAAGGAUGAAGAGUUCCCAGAGCAGAAGGCUGGAGAGGUGCUCAGCGAGCCCAUGAUGGUGGCGGCCAGGCAGCUGCACGAUGAGGCACGCAAGUGGUCGAGCAAGCCUGAGGAUGAGGAGGCAGUAGAGGAGAGAGAGGUAGAUGAUGAAGAUGAGUUUACUGAUGGUGAGGAUGACUAUGAGCCAGAGCUGCUGAUGAUGCCCUCCAACCAGCCUGUCAAUCAACCCAUUCUGGCAGCGGCCCAGUCUCUCCACCAGGAGGCGCGCAAGUGGUCCAGCAAGGGUAAUGACAUUAUAGCAGCAGCCAAGCGGAUGGCCCUGCUGAUGGCAGAAAUGUCUCGGCUGGUGCGUGGCGGGAGCGGGAACAAACGAGCGCUGAUUCAAUGUGCCAAGGACAUCGCCAAGGCCUCAGAUGAGGUGACGAGACUGGCUAAAGAAGUGGCCAAGCAGUGCACCGACAGACGCAUCAGAACUAACCUGCUGCAGGUGUGUGAACGGAUCCCCACCAUCAGUACGCAGCUGAAGAUCCUCUCGACCGUCAAAGCCACUAUGCUGGGACGAACAAACAUCAGUGAAGAAGAGUCAGAGCAGGCCACAGAGAUGUUGGUCCAUAACGCCCAGAAUCUAAUGCAGUCGGUGAAGGAGACCGUCAGGGAAGCAGAAGCAGCCUCCAUCAAGAUCCGCACAGAUGCAGGAUGCACCCUUCGCUGGGUGCGCAAAACCCCCUGGUACCAAUAAACAAACCUGGUCCUUGAAUCUAGCAACAAUCUUAACUUUGCACCAAUAGCACACACCUGGGGUAAAAGUAGCGAAGUGCAAACAUGUGCACUUCUUCACAGAGGAGACUGAUCGUGAUGUGGCGUGUACCAGGAACCAUCAGAUUUGGUACCAAGCAGGUUUCGUUUAUCGGAGUGAGUUUAGCUUUGCUCUCCAGCUCUCCUUAUCUGUAACUGUGGAAUCACAUAGGCUUACGGAGACAGUUUUUAAUAUAUAUUUUUGGUAUGUUGUGUUACAAGAGUUUAUCCAAAUCCCAGGUAUAUAUUUUUUGCAUGAAAAUUUUUUCUAUUUUCUAAAGGAAAAUUAUGACAUUAAGAUACUUAUCUCCUAGAGAACAUUUACUUUGAAUUCUUUUCUUUUUUUCAGUGAGAGUUUCUUAUUGUCUAUUGUAUAUACAGUAAUAAUUUGUUUUAUGGACAACACUCAGCUACGAGCUUUAUACACUGAGUUUGACACUAAAGUGUGGAGUCUUGUGUGGGCCAACGAGCUCUCCUCUCUUCAUGUUUACUUUUAACACUGUUCUUAAAUGAAGAUCUAUGAAUUCAAAGGUGAUACAUCAUCACUGUUGUCUGGUGAUGUCUGAAGAACCAGAAGGUCUUCUGGAUUUAAAGUGUUAUACUUAUAGGCAAAAGAUAUAGUUUCAGAAGUGAUUGUAUAAUUUAAAAAGAAAUGUACGCUUGUCAAUAAAUAAUGAAUAAUGUUGA